AUGGCGGACCAAGCCUCGAACUCCUUGAGGAUUGACACGUCGAACGAACCUCCGACUCCUCCCAUCUUGGCCCUCUUCUUGGUCAACUUUGACCAUCGCAAAGGAUACACUCUAGGAUGGCAUAAAUCUGUUGACGACGUCCCCGUCGAGAAUGUUGUCGAGUUCAAGUCCCUACCGUCCGGUCUGCACAACGUCGAACAGGAUCUGGUAUACUUUAUCCACGAUGAUUAUGCUGGACUUAGCGCCUUCAUCAACAAGGCAGAUGAGCAGGCAGACCGUGCUGCCCGGAUGUUGGCGGUUGGUGCACUGGUACCAUUAGAACACGGUCGCAUGGGCCGGAUCUGGCGUCAUGCACAGUCUCUGGUGGAACUAUCGAGUGCACAAAUCGACAACCCAGGCAGUGUUACUGCUCUCGAAGAGUAUUGGGAGAAAUACAAGCUGCGGCCUGAAGAGGCAGCGCCACAAACGCCUCUUGAGUCUGGAGAAGAGGACCCAACCCGCCGGCCCAAUGGGUACCAGAAGUCAAGGACAAUGUCCGCGGCGACAACCUUUAUCCAGCCGCAUCAUGCCUUGACGCCUCACCAUCCUGCGUUGACACUGGUGGAUUCCAUCAAGCUCUUUGGACCCCUGAUAUUUCCACUUUAUCGAGCAGCCCUACUUCGCAGACGCAUCUUGAUCGUCACGGAUGCCCCUGUUGAGUUCUGUUGUAAUCUUGGUGAGCAUGAAACUGUCACGCCAACUUGUCAUACACUGACUGUGGAAGUAUAUAACCUGUCCAUUCUUUCGUCUGUCUCAAAAUCGCUGCUGCCUCACGACGUCGAUCUCCCAGCUGCUCGCUUGCGUGCACUGUUCACUGUUGGUGUUAUGGACAUCCCCCAGCUCGAGCAGGCUCGAGCCGCCGGAAGCAACCACGGUUUCAUCGCUUGCACGACGGAUGAUGUGCUCACCUCAAAACCCGACCUCUAUGAUAUCCUUGUACUCAUGCCUAAGGCUGGCUUACAGGCUGCCUCAGGAAAAGUGUUUCCGCGAAUUAUUGUUUCAAGCCCAGAAUUGACCAAGGCUUUCCCCAAAGUUUCCAUCAAAGCUACUCAACGAGACUUUCGUCGGUUUGCGAACCUCAUGCGUGGCCUCCGGAGGAUAGAACCAAGUGAGACGGCUGUUACUGAUGAUGAAGCCUCAUCUGUUUCUUCACUUUCAUCCUCGAACUCCACCAACAAGUUAGUGGUGGAACCUCCAUCUUGGUCUCGAAUGGCAUACACCUCUUUCGUUUGGUGGGCUUCUGCUGGAGACCGCCGUGAAGGGUUCGCCGAGGGAGAAGAACAUGAGAUCGAACGAGACUCGACGCUGCUGUAUGGUGAAGACGAGGAGGAGCAGAGCCGUGAAGUUGCGGUGGUUGCAUACUUCCACCGCCUGACCGCGACCAUCUUUCAAACUGUCACAGCUGCCAUUUCAAGGGCAGACGGCAGUACGGAGGCUGAGGGCAGGUACCACGACAAUGAUGAUGAUGAUGACACCGAUUCAAACUUCAAUGAUCAGAUGGGCCAGCAGGACAGCCAGCCUUUGUUGGCUGAACAGGCCGCGGAGGCCAAUAUCGAGAUCAAUCACGAAGACAUGCUGGACAUGGGGUUGGACAGCUGGAGCGCGUCGGACAAACGAUUUGUGGAAGCAUUAUCAAUGCUCUGGUGGGAAAGACAAGCAACGACGCACAGCACUAUAGACUCGCCCAAUGCUGCCAGGCUGUCCUUCAGCCUCGUCACACUUGCCGAAGUCUCGGUCGUCACCAUGACGUCGAUCAGUUGA